UCCCACAAUGCAGCGGAGCGGUGAAGGCGGGUUAUCCGUGCAUGGCAGGGGCAAACGGACAUUAUUGAAUUAGGUAGCUAAUAAACAACGAGGAACUUGUGAGCCAGUCAGUACGGGACAGUACCAUUGUUGUCUCUGUCAAAGCUGUAUCCUGACCGUCUAGUCAACCAGACAUGGCACCUUUCGGUCUGAUGUUUUCUGGGGUUUGCCUUUUGAAAAAGUCAUUCAGUCUCUUCUCCCACGCAUCCAGUCUUACAAGGCCUCCUGUUUGGACGGGGGCUGGUGCUUGCUGGACUGUAAAUUCAUCAAGGCUCGUCAAUGUGAUCCCAGCGGUAAAGAGUUUGACCACCAUUGCAGGCGCUCCCCCUAAGAGGCCCCUGAACGGAUACAUGAGAUUUGUGAAACAGCAACAACCUCUCGUUGUCAGGGAGUAUCCAGAUGUCAAAGCUGUCGAUGUGAUAAGGAAGAUUGCACAACAGUGGAGAACUCUGACAGCAGACCAGAAACAGCCUUUUCAACAGGCGUCAGUGGUUGCCAGGGAACAGUUUAAGGUGGACAUGCAGAGGUACCAGUCCCAGCUCACACCUGCACAGGCUGCUGCUCUGAAACAGGAGAGGAGAUGUAGGCUGGCCAAGAGGAAAGCCAUCAGGAGGAAGAGGGAGUUGAACAGUCUUGGCAAACCCAAACGUCCCCGGUCGUCCUUUAACAUCUUCAUGGCAGAACACUUUGAGGAGUCCAGGGGGACGACCACACAGGGCAAGAUGAAGAUGCUGCGGGAGGACUGGACCAAACUGUCAACCUCACAGAAACAAGUCUACAUGCAGCUGGCGGAGGAUGAUAAAGUGCGCUAUAAGAAUGAGAUGAAGUCCUGGGAGGAACACAUGAUGGAUAUUGGACGGGAGGACCUGAUCAGACGGAAAGAGACCCACAAGAACAAAACUGCUACUAAAGGAGGCAAACAGAAAUCCAAAGUGAAAGAGGUGAAAACUAAAUCUGCAGGAGCUACGACAGUGAGGAGCGGGAAAAAGGCCUGAGCUGUUCUGGAGAGGAAGGGUGAUGAAGGCAAGUUACCGUCCCAAAUAAAAUACAUUUUGUUUAUAGUCAUAUCAAUGCUCCUAGCGCCUCAAACUGUGAAUGAACCUUCACCAGUCUGGGAAAGAUCAUGAAACAUAACAUUCUCAACUGACAGUUAUCAGAAUGAGAAUUCACUGUAAACUAUCAUAAAGCAGUGUUCUUUCUAGUAUGAAAAGAUGAAUUAUGUUGAAGUUAAGUUCCUGUCACCAGGGCCACGUUCUGUAUAUACUGUCUCUAUACACAGUGUACAGGCUAGUCUGUACUGGAUAUAGUCUUUAAGAGACGUGUUGACCAGUUACUUUGUUUGUAGACUUAGUUUUCGUUCAUGUUUUGUAUCUAAUUUUUAUUAAAUAAACAUUUACGUACAUAAAAAAAAGACUUCAUAUUAUACACAAUGUUUAUACAGUGAAAACAAAUUGGGAGGAAAUCGACAAGGUACAUAAACGCUGUAUGAUGAAAGUAAACUAUGUACAAUAUCUACACAGUUAAUCCUCACAUCGUGUAAUAAAACUGUACAAUGUCUA